AUGUCUCCGUGGCUUCCGUCCAUUCCUUACCCUCCUCCAGACCAACCAGGGUUCUGGGAUCCGGUGACCUCGACUCUACAGUGGUGCGAAGAGGACUACUAUGUGACCUACUACUCAGCGGAAAUAAUCAACACCUUAACCAACCUUAUGUUCAUCUAUUUGGCAUAUGAGGGCGUCAAGAGCUGUAGGAAACAUGGACAUGAUACCGUCUUUGAGGUUGCUUAUUUCGGAUACUUUCUCGUCGGAUUUGGGAGCUUUAUGUUUCAUUCUACUCUGAAAUAUCCCUGGCAAUUGGUCGACGAACUCAACAUGAUUUACACCACCUGUCUUAUGGCAUAUGCAAGCCUUUCCUACUCCCGCUCAGCGAGCGUUCAAAUAGCUCUCGGUGUCUGUCUGACCCUGUUCUGCGGUGCCAUCACGGUCUAUUAUCAUUAUGUACAGGACCCUACCUUUCACCAGAAUGUUUAUGCAGCAUUGACCGUCUACAUUGUCUUUCAAAGCAUAUAUCGUAUGGAGUUUACGCUUCGACCUUCCCUGAGAAGGAGCGAGGAGAAACACCGAAGAGAACGAGAGCUCCGCAACGACCCCUUGAAGAGCAAAGCUGAAAAUGAGUACGAAAACAAACGAGAUAUGGAGAUCUUAAACACCAUGUGGCUGCUAGUGGGAUGCGGCCUCUCAAUUUUUCUCGGUGGUUUCGGAAUCUGGGCUCUGGACAUCAAAUACUGCCCAACACUUCGAACAUGGCGCAGAAGCAUUGGGAUGCCAUGGGGUUUCUUGCUUGAAGGCCAUGGCUGGUGGCACCUGAUGACUGGCAUUGGUGCAUACUGCUAUAUUGUCUGGGGCAUUCACCUCCGACACAUCCUCAACGGCGACCAGGAGCAUUAUGUCAUGGUCUGGCCUAGGAUAUAUCGACUUCCCGAGAUCGUCAAACUAUCUGAACCACCUCCAAAGGAGACAACCAAUGGGACCGUUGCUAACGGCACACUGGAUCACAAGAAGACCAUCUAA